AUGAGCAAGGGGGCCUUGACUCUUGUUCGUGAUAAGAAAGAUGGAACCCUCUAUGUAUCUAGAGGUACAUAUAGUAGCAUCGCGGUGGGAGCAAAAGGGAUUGAUUGCACUACGUGGUAUCGUAUACUGGGUCACAUGAGCGAAACGGGGAUGAAAGUAAUGUUGUCGAAGGGAAAGUUACCGGGUUGUAAGUCGCUGGACUUGGAGUUUUGUGAAGACUGUGUUCCCGGGAAACAGAGGAAAGUCAGCUUUACGAAGGUGGCUAGGACCCUGAAAACAGAGAAGCUGAAGCUUGUGCACACCGAUGUGUGGGUCCUUCUAAGUGUCUGUAAGAAUUGGAGAGCACUAGUUGAGAAUGAAGCAUGA